AUGAAUUUCCAGCAACCUGAACCCUCGCCCGUCCCGGCUCAGUCCUCGUUGUCAUUUACGCAGGGAUUCCUCCUCGGACAGCUCUCCGUUGUACUGUUGAUUGGUGCUUUUAUCAAGUUCUUCAUCUUCGGCGAAGCACCGCCUCCACCGUCUCGCGGCCUCCGCUCCGCAACACAUCGUCGCUCUAAUUCGAUCUAUACCAUUUCACCGAACGAUGGAGCUGGUGCCUCCAGAUCAUUAAGAGAAAAGCCCUCGACCUCCAACGUCCUUCGUCCUGUCCCUUCCUCGUCAACCAACACUCGCUCCAUCCUUCGAAAGACCUACUACAGCGCCAUUCCUACAAAUCCUCUGAAACAUGGCCGUCAUAGGGUCCAUCACUCCUCCCAUCAACCGGAAUCAUUGGAUUGGUUCAAUGUUCUGAUUGCCCAAACCAUCGCCCAGUACCGACAAACCGCGUAUCUUCUAAAAGAUUCGCCUACGUCAUCGAUUCUUAGCUCGUUAACAGCGGCGUUGAACAAUCCCGAAAAGAAACCUGCAUUCAUAGACAAGAUCGCGGUCACGGAUAUAUCUCUUGGGGAGGAGUUUCCGAUUUUCAGCAAUUGUCGCAUUAUUGCGGUGGAUGACCCCAAUUCCGACGGUGGGAGGCUCCAGGCAUUGAUGGAUGUUGACUUGAGUGAUGACAACCUCUCGAUUGCAAUUGAAACCUCCUUGUUGUUGAACUACCCCAAACCAUGCUCCGCAAUCCUCCCAGUGGCCCUAUCCAUAUCAGUUGUUCGCUUCUCUGGGACAUUAUGCAUAUCUCUUGUGCCCGCAUCUACGCCUCCCCUCGACACCCCAUCUCCAUCGCCUCCCCCCCCUGCCGACGCAAACGGCCGGCCCGGAAAUAGUUCGAAGAGAGCCGACCCUCGGUCCUCCAAUGCACAAGGGGGCGAUCCAGAGGAGGGUCCACAGAAGACCGGAACCCCGAAGAGCAAUGUCGCGUUUUCAUUUCUCCCGGAUUACCGGCUUGAUCUUUCCGUGCGCUCACUUAUCGGCUCGCGUAGCAGACUCCAAGAUGUGCCGAAGGUGGCUCAAUUGGUCGAGGCUCGAGUCCAUGCCUGGUUCGAAGAACGAGUCGUUGAACCCCGGGUGCAGGUGGUAGGGCUACCGGACCUAUGGCCUCGGAUGGGCAGAACAGGAGUCCGGACAGGCGAGGACUCGGAGACUGGCUCCAACGGAGCAUCUCGGUCCGCCAUGUCGGCCGACAUGGGCAACCCUCUUCGGGACGAUGAAAGCGACCGAGAACCAGAGGGCCUUCGGUACCGAGGAGGGCUGGGAACGCGGCCGCCAUUUGACAGCGCUUCACGCUCCAGCAGCUUCAACGUUGAAACCGGAGGGUUCCGAAGUCACAGUAUGACUCGCGAGCACAGUGCCGGGGGCAUGAGUGAUCCAUUCCAUAUGCCGGGCUCGAUGCCCGACGGUGCGAUCGCAAACUAA